UUUAAUGUUGUGUACAGCUGUAACGAAAAAAGGUAGAGGAAGACCAAGGCGUGAUGCUCAAAAACCAUGUAAGAGAACAGGAAGACCAUGUAUGGGUCCAUAUAUAUGUGAAACAUGUCAAGUUAUUUUUAAAUAUAAAGCUGAUUUUUCAAGACACCAGAAAGAACAUGGUCUGCAGCCUACAUCUGAAAAAAAUAUAUCAAGUGAAAAUCCUUUUGUAAAUAAGUCUGAAACCAUAGUUCGGACUUUCCCUGCAGAAUAUUUUAAAGAAGAAAAUAUAGAUAUCAAGGAAGAAAUCAUUGAAGGUUCAGAGAGUACUUUGCAAAAUAUUGUAGAAGAACAAGACAACCAAGAGUGCACGUGGACCAUUAAAAAAUCAAAGAAGAGGGCCCACAGAAAAUACAAGUGUGGAAAAUGCGAAAAACUCUUUCAACGAGAACGUAAUUUACGUCAACAUCAGCAUCUUGAACACGACAGACUCCCUUUUCCUCUUUGCGAUACAUCAUUAUGCGUUUUCUGUGGUAACAUGCCGAAACCCAAGAAUAUUAUUCUUCGCCAAUCAAGACGUAAAGUGUCCAUAUGCUACAAUGAAAACCCAAAAUCAAACUAUAAAUGCAAAGAUUGUGGAAAAAUUAAUGAUUAUAAACGUUCUAUUUGUUUGAUUUGUGGCUAUAUAGCGAACUAUAAAAUAAAUGUAUCACACCAUAUUAAGGCUCACCAUAUUAAGUAAUGAUAUGUACAAAACUUCGAGCCUUGAUAUCAUAUCAUAUUACAGUAGAUUCUCACAAAGCGCCCGGUGUGUGUAACCGAGGUCCUCACCAAGCGCCUGCUUGCUUAAGUCACGCCCUUAAGACUUGGCAGAAAAUUAUCUGUGACAUGUAUUCUCUCGAAUUAUAGUCUUGCGCAGACGCGAUUAAUCCACGCUUAAGGCGCUUACCGAAUUUAAAGGUGGUGGAAGGGAG